AUGAGUGUCGAGAAAAUCAAAAGUCUAGUGGAACUUGCAAACAACAGGUUGAACAGCAGCGAAGAUUUUGAACAGUUUCAAACGUUCGUCACCCAAGAGCUUGACUUGGACACCAUACAUUCAUUAAUAGAUGAAAAGAUUGAUCGUGAAGAUGGACCAAAAGUAUUGGAGUAUAUAUUAGUUGGACUUUCUGUUAAACCUGAUUCCCAAAAAAUUGUCGAAAACGUUUACGAAUAUGUAUUAAACGCAAUCAAUAAUGCUGAAAUACCAGAAAAAAUGAAAGUGUGUUUGAUUAGCCGUUUAUCAUUAGAAUUAAAUAAGCUAUCAACCAAACAACUUAUCAAAUUUAUAAAUAUGUGUAAAAAAGACAUAGAAGAAUCAAAUGAAAACUGUGUUCAGAGCUGGAAAGAAUUGUUCCCUCAUAUUUUAAAAAUAGUAUCCGAAAUCAAACUAAUAAGAACUGAAGAUUUUGAAAUGACAGGUGCUGACUACAAAGAAAUGAUCAUUACUGACAUUUGUCGUUUUAAAGUUCAGCCCAACAUCUCAGUAGCACUUGCACUGAUGUUUAGAGGAACACUAUUAACUGAGAAAGAACAUGAACUAGUUAUCAAAACAUUAUGCUCAUACUUCGGUCAAAUGAAACCUCUAGAAAUCCCACCUAUUCUACAACAAAUAUUACAUUUUUGUUCAAGUGGAGAUUUUUUAACUCUUUUUUGUACACUUCAAAAAUAUUUUGAUGAUAAGUACCAUUUAGACCAAAGUAACGACGAAAACUAUGCACUUGAAAUAGAAGGAUCUGAGAAAAAAGAAUUUUUAGAAGCUGAAAGUACAGUAUUAUUUCUCUUGGAAGACUUUGCUAAGGUGCAUUCUUCAUUUGUUAAUGAUAUAACUAAGUACAUAAAAAAUAGUAUUGGUGCUCCUAACAUGGUUUUCGGUCCAUUCAUGUUAGCAUUUUUAUUAACCAUGUCUUGCUGUGCACCUUUUGAAGCUAAUGUUAUUGAUUUGAUAAAAAAGCUUGUAGUGCAGUCAUUGGUAGAACUAGAAAAUACUCAACGUUCAUAUUGGUUAAAACUUCAUUACACAGAUAUAUAUGAUGUUUACACACAAUUUCAAGUGUUUAUAAAAAGCGAAAUAUCAAGUUACGAAAAAAUAUUCAAAGGUCUUGUCAAUUUGGGUUUAUCAUUUCUUGGAACUACUUCUUCUGUAUUCAAAAAAAACGCUGAGAUCAUAAACACAGUUCAUCAGCUUGGUUUGUUCAUAAUAGUAUCAUUAGUUCACAAGCGAUCAUUUAUCACUGGUAGUGUCUUACGAAAAUUGACCAAUUUUAUUACAUCUAACCCUGAAUCUAAUCAAUAUUUAGAGUGUUUGCAUAAACUUUGUAAGAACCAAAAGUUACACGUUGUCGAGAAUAAUACUGAAAUAUUGAAGUUGUUUAAAGAAAUACCAAUCGGCAUGACUGAUAAAGUAACUAGUGCAGUUAUGCCCGUCCUAAAGACAUCAACAUAUUUGCGUGAUAAUAUCAUCAUGAUUUUACGAAAAGAACUCAUAUCAAAAGAAUAUCAGUUAAGACAUUGUGCAGUUUUGGGAUUCAUUGAAAUAUUAUGUAGUGUUCAUUUGGACAGUUUCACUACAUUAAGUCAGAAUACAAACAGCCAGGAUUCAUGGCCUGGAUUAUUUACUCAGAUGGUUCUUGAUCGAGAUUCUGUGGAUAUUCAUUCAGCUCUUGAUUGUGAAGAUAGUUCAGAAAAUAAUAAAACAAUUUGUUUAGAAAUUUUGGAUUCACUUAAAACAUGUUUUUACCAAAAAUCGGAAAUCAAACAAUCACUUUAUAGAGGAUUGAUUAGAGUGACUUCACACAAUAAUGAAUUAUGUGUUUGUGUCAAUAGUUUGCUAUUGGACCACAUGAGUUUAUGGUGUAACAGACUUGUAGUAGCGGAAAACAAAAAAUCAUUAAAAUUUGACAAGUCCAUAGUCACAGGAAAAGAUAAUAAACCUAUCGUGCAUGAGCCGUUAGACGAGUUGAUUUUACUGGCUCAACACCUACUGGUUACAAAUAUGCAGCUUAAUGAUAAUAAAGAAUAUGCAAAAAUUGAUGAAUUGAAACAGUUACUCUGUCAACUGGUAAAUUUCUACAGUGAAUGUAAUACAGAUGAAAUAAAAGUGAACGAAAGCGAUUGUUUACUAGAUAUAAUUAGUGAUACAACAGAGAAUGUGGAUGUCAUCAAACAAAUUCUGUGUGUUUACCAGGCAUUUAUGGUCUAUAUAGUAAAUUCAUGGUUUAAUUCUGACCAAGAUAAAGAAUGCUGUGAAAAACUUCAAAAGUUAUUUUCUAAAUAUAAUAAUAUUUUAGAAGCUGUUAUGGCAUCGGAUAAAACUAAUAAGAAGAAGGAUAAAGGAAAUAAAAAAAAUAAAGCUGAAUCAACUGGAACAACCACUAAAUUUGUUGAACCUGCAAUUCAUUUAGAUUUUGAUGUACUGUAUAAGUUUCUUUCAUUACUUGCUAAAAAUGUUAAUUGGACGUCUGAACUUAAUGUUGUAUCAUUAAAACAAAACGUAAGACUAUGGGAAUUUGUGUUAAAACUAGUACAAACACAUUUGAUGGAAGUGAAGAAUUUGCUUUCGCGUGAUAUAAAACCUCGUAAUUUGUAUGAAAAUAUAUGUAAAUUGACAAAAUUGCUUUACGACUAUUUUCUAUUUGAUGUUCGUGAAAAAAUUAAAUUCAGUCAAACGGUUCUUGAAUUGGGAUUGGAUUGUUAUUUACAAACAAUAAAACUUGUAAAUUCGUAUUAUAAAAAUUUGGAUAAAUUUUUUUCUGACUCCAACAAAGAUGAUUCAAACGACGAAUCGGGAGAAAUAUUCAAUGUGCUGCGUAAUAUGAGAUUAUAUUUAGACGAAAUAUUACAAAUGAAUCAAAUUGAUGAUGUUACUAACCAAACCGAAGAUAAUGAUGACAAAGAAACAUACGAUCUAAUAGAAUCUCAUCUUAUCGGAUGUGUGUCUGUUGUAUGUCAUGGUAUAAAAAAUAAUAAGGAUUCUAAAGUCAAACAUAUAUUGACUUGGCUAUCUAUGGUGGCCGAAAAAUAUUCAUUUUCAAAUUCAAACAACUCCAAAGAAUUCUUAACUCUCUUGCUAGAGAUGCAUUCGGCAAACCAAGAAGAUCCUAUAAUGUUAGCUACUACAAUUAACAAUUUGUGUUAUUCAUUUGGUCGAAUAAGUAGAUCUCAUAAAAACAACCAAUCACAAAUCAAGCCAUUGAGAUUAAUAACAACUUGGAACCGAACAAUGGUAUGUCCUGUCUUGUGUCAAAGCUUGUGCAAUGAGUUAAACUAUGUCAUGCAAUGCUUAUCUCGAAUCAAGGCUGAGUUAAGUGCAUCACAAAGAAAAAUAAAGAAUAUUUGUCAAGACCGACUUAAAUCUCGAGAAAAAGCCAUUUGUCAUCGUAUUGUUUUAGUGGUUUUGUCCACAACUUCAUUAACGAAAACAGUUAUCCCAUUGGGUCAAUGUACAGAGUCUGUUUUCAAUUUAUUGUACCAAGUCUAUCGAACCAUCAAUGUGGUUACCAAACAUUUCCUAUCGCGUUCAACCGUAAACGAACCGGUGUACAAGCAAGCUUUAUUGGGUAAAUUGUCCGAAAUUGUCAAUGAUCAACUGUCACCGAAUGUUUCUAAGUUUAUCAUGUUCAUAGAGUACGAUAGACCAUUAACAGAUAAGGAGAAAAAGUCUGUUCAAUUAAAAAAUCAGACUCGUCGCCAAGCUUCUUACAUUCCCAGAGUAGUUACUGAAUUAGAACUAUUCGUGAACCUAAUUACUAAAUUGGGGAAAAAGUGCAAGGAUCCGAACUUGUUAAACAAUCUCAAACUCACUGCUACCCGUGACUUCAGACUCAAUGUGCAGAAAGUUCAGGAUAUUUUUAGCAAACAAAAUAAUUCAGAUGAAAGCGAUGAAGAAAUCAUUGGUAAUAAAAGACCAAAUGAGGCUGAAGAGCAACCGCCUAAGAAGAAACGAAGAUCUGGCUCAAAUACAUCUGUGGCAACAUCAGCUAAUUGA